AUGGUGGGACUCGUCGUUGACGCGGAGUACCUCAAGGAGAUCGAUAAGGCUCGCCGUGAACUCCGUGCUCUUAUCUCUCAGAAGAAUUGCGCUCCGAUCAUGCUCCGAUUGGCGUGGCAUGAUGCUGGAACCUAUGACGCCGAAUCGAAGACCGGUGGGCCUAAUGGCUCGAUUAGGCACGAAGAGGAGUACAGUCAUGGUGCCAAUAGUGGUUUGAAAGUUGCUAUCGAUCUCUGUGAGGACGUGAAAACUAAACAUCCCAAAAUCACUUACGCAGACCUAUACCAGCUUGCUGGUGUGGUAGCGGUUGAAGUUACUGGUGGACCUGACAUCAGUUUUGUUCCUGGCAGAAAGGAUUCAAAUGCCUGCACUGACGAAGGGAGACUUCCUGAUGCUAAUCAAGGUUUUGAACAUCUGAAAGAUGUCUUCUACAGGAUGGGACUCUCCGAUAAAGAUGUUGUUGCUUUAUCGGGGGCUCAUACUCUGGGAAGGGCUCAUCCAGAGAGAUCAGGUUUUGAUGGGCCAUGGACUCAAGUUACUCAAGAUCCUCUGAAGUUCGAUAAUUCCUACUUCGUGAAAUUGCUGCAAGAUCAAGAAUCAGACGAAUUGCUGAGACUUUCUACUGAUAAGACUUUGCUGGAAAUCCCCGAGUUCCGUGAUUAUGCUGAGCUUUACGCAAAGGAUGAAGACGCAUUCUUCAGAGACUAUGCGGAGUCUCACAAGAAACUCUCUGAGCUCGGGUUCACACCCACGACUCCAAUCACCAAUGGGACAAAAGACGACAGCACCAUCAUGCCAGUGGCCAUGGGCAUAUCUCUGAAACUACAACUUCCAACGUACAAGAUAUCAAUGGAACUUAAACUUGCAAAGUUUGGAGUCGCCAUCGCUGCUGCUAUUGUGGCAUGUACCUGCUACUUCUCUGAAAUCCGCAGAAGCAAACUCAGACUAACAAUGGCGGCACUCGUGGUUGACGCGGAGUACCUUAAGGAGGUCGACAAGGCCCGCCGUGAGCUCCGUGCUCUCAUCGCUAAGAAGAGUUGCGCUCCGAUCAUGCUCCGAUUGGCUUGGCAUGACGCUGGAACCUAUGACGCCGAAUCGAAGACCGGUGGGCCUAAUGGAUCGAUUAGGAACGAAGCGGAGUACAGUCAUGGAGCCAAUAGUGGUUUGAAAAUCGCUCUCGAUCUCUGUGAGGACGUGAAAACUAAACAUCCCAAAAUCACUUAUGCGGACCUAUACCAGCUUGCUGGCGUGGUAGCUGUUGAAGUUACUGGUGGACCUGACAUCAGUUUUGUUCCUGGCAGAAAAGAUUCAGAUGCCUGCACCGACGAAGGAAGACUUCCUGAUGCUAAUCAAGGUUUCAAACAUCUGAAAGAUGUCUUCUACCGGAUGGGACUUUCCGAUAAAGAUAUCGUGGCACUCUCAGGGGCUCAUACUCUGGGAAAGGCUCAUCCAGAGAGAUCAGGUUUCGAUGGACCAUGGACUCAAGAUCCUCUUAAGUUUGACAACUCAUACUUUGUGGAAUUGCUGACGGAAGAAGAAUCCGAGGGCUUGCUGAAACUUUCGACGGACAAGACUCUGUUGGAAGUUCCAGAGUUCCGUCAUUACGUUGAGCUUUAUGCAAAGGACGAAGAUGCAUUCUUCAGAGACUAUGCAGAGUCACACAAGAAACUUUCAGAGCUCGGGUUCACACCGACGACUUCAAUCACUAAGGCGAUCACAGACAGCACCACGCUAGCACAUAGUGCAGUCGGAGUCGCAGUCGCUGCUGCUGUUGUGGCCUUUAGCUACUUUUAUGAAAUUCGAAGAAAGAUGAAGUAA